UUUUGCUUCUUGUAGGCCCCUAAAAGAAAGCGGAUAUGACGUAUCUCACAACUGAACUCCUGAAUAGGUCAGGUUUAAUGGUUGCCCACCAGUAUAGACUGACAAACAGACUAUAAAAUCUUAUAUCAACAAAGUGAGCGCUUCUAUCCGAAUUGUACUUUGGCAUAUUCCUACCACGAUACGACUAAAGCAAAUAUCAGGGUUGCGUUUCGAAAACCACAUCCUGUAAAUAAUAUUAGUCCGGGAACAUUCUUGGCCACAGCAAGUCGUCUGUUGUGGCUCCCUGGUCCACAUGUUAGCUAGGUGGCUAACCAAUACUUUGGGAACAGACGACUCGUUAUAAACCAUUUGAAGAGGGUUUGUAGUCGAGGGGGAGUUCUAAGCAACUUCUACAUUCGUGCAUUUUGUUUUUAACGUAGUUGCAGGAUUUUUUGUUUUUAUUCUUUUCCCGUGCGAAGAACAUUCGCUGGCGAUGCAAAGUUAGCAAGCCCCGCUAAUUUCCCUUUGCCUAUGCCUGCGGUUCCUGUUUGAAGUGCUGAUCCACCAAACAGCCACUCAUCCACAUAAUGAAGGCUAAGAGAGGCAGCCAUUCAAAGGGCAGUGCGACGUCUCAGAAGUGGAAGGACGUGAGGGGUAAAAGGUGCAGGCCUCCCAGCAGCUCCUCUGACCUCAACUCCAGUCCUGUCAUGGUCAGGAUGAUCAAGGAGACCGUGAAGAAGCAGCCCAACGUGAAGAGACUGAAGAACAAAACAAAGUCUGUGUCCGGGAAAACUGUUCCUCAGACAAAGUCCUUCACCAAUGGGGACAUGGAUUCCGAUGAGUUUCAGGACUGGAAGGAGUACUCCCAGUCCAUCCUAGUGAAUGGGCUAAAGACGCAAGGUACCAGGGAGGAUGCGCAUACAUGUCGACUAGAUGGAAAGUCUCUCCAUCAGUGUGCAGAGAGGGACGAUCAGAGGAAGCACGCAGUGCUAGUCAUGCAGAAGGGACAGGCCCUGUGUUUCCGCGGGAAGUGUUUUUUGACUUGCUUGUAUGGACGCGUGGAAGUGAUGGGCUUCACCAUUGAGGAGGGCCAGCAGUCGUAUCCGCUCUUCUCUCCCGCCUCACAUUGUCCGCUGACCAUCACAGCUACGGAGGGCUGCGAUGACAGCAGAGACCACAAGAGUGCGGCUACAGACAUUCUGUGCAAUUACCUACCACCCGCGUCACAGAAGAAGCUGCUUAAAAAUGUUGUUUCCAACUCCUCCAUCAUCCUGCUGGAGCCCAUGGAGACACAGUUGACACGCUUCCUAUCGAGCUUCGCCGAUCUCAGUACCCUGUUCGAUCCCCCUGUGGGAGAACUAAUGUCUGCCAUCCUGGACACGCCCCUGAAUGGCCUGGGGAUGGUUCCUCUGGUCAGCACCAUCGAGGGUCUGAAGGUGUCGCCAAGCUGUCGGGAGUCCCUCGACGCAGUGGUCAGUGCCUGCAGAGGGGACAUGGAUGGUUUUGCUGUCGUCCUCGUGUACGGAGCCAAAAACGUUGGGAAGUCCACAUACAUCCGCAUGGUCAUCAAUACGCUUCUAAAUCACACUACAAGUGUGGACUAUUUGGAAGCGGACCUCGGGCAAACAGAGUUCACCCCGGCGGGUUGCUUGUCUUUCUUGACUGUCAGAGAACCUCUACUGGGCCCCCCCUUCACACAUCAGCAUGACCCCAACCACAUGGUCUUCUACGGCGAGUCGUCAUGCGAGUCCGACUUAAGUCGCUACCUGGAAAGCCUCAAGUCCUUGUGGCGCAAGCGUUCUACCAGCCGAGAGACGCCCAUUGUCAUCAACACCAUGGGCUGGGUUAAAGGUUUUGGACUGCAGCUGCUAGUGGACUUGCUCCGUUUCUUCCCGGUGUCGCACGUCAUCCAAUUGGCUCAUGCCGGCAACAGCCCAGCUCAAUGCCCUGCCCUCACCCCCGAGUUUCUGAGGACAGCCCACGGCUUCCACACGCACCCGCCCACUCAGACGGCGCUGGACGAGUUCACCGAGAGCACACACAGCCCACCCCGCACCUACAUUCACAUGAGCGUUGAGUCCGAUUUUGAAGGCGCAGGCUGCCAGGGGACGGCGAAACACCAACGCUCCAAUGAGCAGCGAGAACUGUCACUGCUGGCCUACCUCAGUCAGCUGCAGUCGGCUGAUCCAGGACCUGUGAGACCUCUUCACUCCCUCAUGCCUUACCAGGUGCCCCACACAGACGUGGCUUUGGGCGUGGUCCAUUUCGAUGUGGCGCCCAGUGACAUGUUCUAUGCUGUCAAUGCUGGCCUCGUGGGACUCUGCUGCCUGGCAGAGAGGGUGACGAGCAAAAGAGGUCCGGUCUUGCUGUCCCAGGCCCCCCUCUGCCCCUGCGUGGGCCUGGGUGUGCUGCGAGGGAUCGACAUGGCGCGAGGUCUCUACUUUGUGCUGACGCCGGUAGAUCCCACCGUGCUGCGCAAGGUUAACUGUCUCCUUCUUGGAGCCAUGUCGUUGCCCUCCUGUAUCUUGACUGCACAGCAGGGCGGUUUCCAGGGGGAGCUGCCUUACGUCACGUCGGACUACAGCUUUGACCUGACUGGUGCUGGAAAGCUGCGGGUCUUCAAGGGACUGCAGAGACAGAGUCAGACAUGGACAUACUGAUGUUCCCGGUCUACAGAACUGAGGGUCAGACUUGUUUUUUUUUUAUUUUUAUUUUUUAUUUACAUAUAGUCUGACGUGGACUCUUCAGAAUGAGAGAAAUCUCUCAAAACAUGGUUGGUUGUUUUGUACUGCUGGCAUUCCAAAGCUGUAACUGAAUUCUGGUGUCAUAUUAAAAGCAGAAACAAUA